AUGAUAGGAAGAGCCGACAUCGAAGAAUCAAAAAGCAACGUCGCUAUGAACGCUUGGCUGCCACAAGCCAGUUAUCCCUGUGGUAACUUUUCUGACACCUCUAGCUUCAAAUUCGAAAGAUCUAAAGGAUCGAUAGGCCAUGCUUUCACAGUUUGUAUUCAUACUGAAAAUCAAAAUCAAGUCAGC